CCUCUUCACUGAAGAAUUCCCGCAGUCCCGGCUUUUUCCCAUUCGCGGUCACUUCCUACGUGCUCCGUCUUUACGCUUUCAUGGCGUUUCGUUUCGGGAGAGGCCGACAAGGCCAGUUUAAACAUAUAGCUCAUGGCCUGAUCCCUGCCGUUACCAUAGCUCCUAAACCUGCUGUUCCCCGCACCCCUCCCCCUCGUAGUCCAAACCCUUCUCCAGAAAGGCCCAGAUCAGCUCUGGCUGCAGCUAUUCUUGUGACGACACUAGCAGGGAGAUCUGUUGCCCUCCCUCAACCUCGCCAGCGCUCACUUUCAGAAAGCGAUGCCUCACAUUUACAAAAUCAAGAAAGUUAUAUUGAGCCGUACGCUACGUUUACUGAGCUCCAAAUGGGUCCAAACUGGAAGAGUGAUGGGGAUGACAAAAGUGCUGUGCAGUCUGUGGAUGUUUCUGGCAGUUUAUGUGAAGAUGAAGACAUGGAUACAUUUGCUUCAGACAUAGAAAAGGAACCAGAGCCUAAUAAUCAAGCUAUAAAACAAGAAGAAAGUGAUGGAAGUGAGGCCGUCUAUGCUAUUCCACACAAAAUCAAAAAGGGCAAUCCCCCAGUAUCUUCAAGCACUGAGGUGGAGGAAGAUGAACCCCAUGAUUCUUCGAUUCUCCAUCCUAAUAUUCUUGUGGAAGAAAUUGAACCUCCUGUAGAGUAUUGUAAGGUUGAAAAAGUUGAAAAACCAUUGAUUGAAAAGCCUCCUCCAACUCCAGAUGUAAUACUGCGUAAAAAGCAAGGGCAGAUGGAUCUCACUAUAGAGAAGUUCCAGAAACUGAAAGAAGAAAAUUGGCGUUUGAACAAUGCAAAUCAGACCCUGCUUUCCGAACUUGGGGAGAUGAAGCUGCGGUUGAAGGAACUUCAGCUAAAAAUGAAGAACUUUAAGAAAGAAAAUGCAAAGCUUAAAGACAAUGAACAGACUUCACAUAGGGAAGAAGAACAAGCAGAAUUGCUUUUAUUAAGACAGCAGGCCCAGGAAUUGGUGGAUGAAAAUGAUAGUUUGAAAAUGACUGUUCAUCGUUUAAAUGUGGAACUGAGUCGCUACCAGGCUAAAUACAGACCAAUUUCAUCAAAUGAGGGUGUGAGUAUUGGAAGUCUUCCAGGGAAAGGGCCUCCACCUCCAUGGCUGCUUGAUAUGAAAUAUUUAUCUCCUCUGUUGUUGGCAUAUGAAGACAGAAUGAGGGAAAAGGAAGAUUUGAUUCUUGCGCAUGAGGAGGACAUGAAGAAUUUUAAAAUGCGUGUUGAAGAGGUGGUGAAGGAAAAUGAACAGUUACACCAGCAACUAUGUAAAUGCAGUUCUGUUUCAACCAAAGAAUGGCAACAGCUGAAGAGCCAUGCCAAGCUCGUCUUAGAAGAGAAUACAAUAUUGAUGGAGCAGCUUAAAAUUCAGCAAGCGAAAGCAAAAGAUAACCACAGCCAGCAUGUACAAGAUGUUUCCAAAUUAACAAAACAGCUGAUGGUUUUGGAAGCCAAGAAGCAGAGCCAAGAAAAGGAGAUGAAAAUGUGUCAGAAGCAGCUGGAAGAAUCACAGUCCACAGUCAAAGGGCUUAAAGCCAGCUUUAAAGACUGUGUACCCAUGGAAGAGCACAUUGCUUUGGUAAAUCAGUUUAAAAGCCAGUUGCAACAGGAACAGGAAAAGAGGGAGGCAGAGCUACAGGAGUUAAUGGGAAAACUAGCAUCUGUGCAAGCUGAAAAAAAGAGUCUGGUGCUACAGAAAAAUGAACUUGUGGCUGAAAAAGAAGCAGUAGAAGCUGAGCUGGAAAUGGCACAGAGAGCAAAGAGGAAAUCACAGAAGAAAAUAGUUUUUCUGAUACAGUUGUUGGAAGAAACAAUAGAAAAGGAGAAGGAAGCUUAUCAGUAUCUGGAAAAUCUGACCGUCUUGGCAGAGAAUGGAAUUAAAGACCGUAGCCAUCUUCUAACCUUGACCAGUUGCUUGGAAAAAAAGAAUCAGGGUUUUAUCAAUGAAAUAAUAGAAGGAGGUGUACGCCUAGGGAGGAUAGAAGAGAAAGUAAAGGUGUAUAAGACGACAGCUGCUGAGAAGCUCAAAGAUUUCGCCCUCAGAGUGACCGAACACGAGAAGGAAUUUGCUGGGAAGACUGCUCAGUACCAGCGACAAAUGAAGCACCUCCAGCAGCUGCUGCAAGACAGACAAGAAACCCUCGACCAAGUGCUGCAGCAGAAAAGGGAAGUGGAAAGUGAACUUGAAAUAAUUUGGGAAUCGACCACCAAAGAAAACAGGAAGAUGAAGGAACUCUUGCAUAAAUCUCUGGAGAAGAGCACGCAGAGCCCUGUCAGAGCUUAUGAAUCACAUUUGGCUGACAUUUCUCAGAAAGACCUGCUUGGUGGGUAUGGUUUUAGCUACUGCGAUGUGGAGCUUUCCACGCCUGCUAAAAGCCAGAGCCAGCAGGAACCCUAGUGUUAAGGACACAGAUGCUACUGUCACUUCUAGGGCAAAAUGCAUCUGAAAGAAGCUCAGACAGAAAUGCAAGCAGUUAAGUCAGUACCAUUCAGCAGCAGAACAAGAGCUACCAAAGGAGGUAUGCUGUUCUUUUUUGGCAAUGGUCUGGUCUAAAAAUCUGUGCUUUAGGGAAUAUAACUUAUAGUGCCUUCAGAAUCCCAAGACUCUAACCUUUCAUAUC